UUUGGAAUUUUCUUGUAAUAAUCAAGUUUUUAAAUUAUUCACAACACUCCAAGGAGCUAAUGAGAAGAGAUUAGAUUUGCUUACGCAUUGUGACUUCUUGAUAUUCAUCAAGAAAAAUAAAUAUAAUUAUAUAUUGCCUUUCAAUGCAGUUGGCUUUUCUAUUCUUUCCCUUUAUAUAGUUGGCCCCCCUAUGACUUUGUGACUUAAAAAUGUUCCUAUGCUAAUUGCUAUUGGCCCCUUAAACUUUCUAAAUGCAAACAGCCUUUUCAUCUGUGUGUUAAUGUCUUCUUCUGUUUAGAAUCAUCCUCAUUUUUCUUUGAGAGCUAUGCUAUUUUAGUUCCAUACCUAUUAAUAGCUCAUUUUGAUUGUGACCCCGAAAAAAAUUGUUAAUGUCAUAACCAAAUCUUUGCAUUAUCACCGUUAAGUAGAUUAAUUGCGAAAACAGAAUGCUAUAGUGAGGCCACUUGCCAUAAUCUGCUGAAGAAAUAAGAUUGUUGGUUUUGAAGUAAGUUCUUGGUGGUUGUUCGAUGAAGUCCAACUAUCUUGGAUAUAUUGUUCGUUAACAGCAUUUUAUUAUUUCCGCCUUUUGAUGGGCUGCUUUCACUCAACGAUCUCCAAAUACACCCCUGGUUACGAGGAGCCAACAGUGCUUGCUGCUGAGACAGCUUUUACAGUGAGUGAAGUUGAAGCAUUAUACGAGCUGUUUAAGAAAAUAAGCAGCUCUAUAAUAGAUGAUGGACUCAUUCACAAGGAAGAACUUCAGCUGGCACUUUUCAGGAACCAAAACAGAAGAAAUCUGUUUGCAGACAGGAUUUUUGAUAUCUUUGAUUACAAGCGCAAUGGAGUGAUUGAGUUUGGAGAAUUUGUCAGAUCAUUGAGCGUCUUCCACCCAAAUGCACCAGUAGCCGAUAAAAUUGCAUUUGCCUUUCGAUUAUAUGAUCUAAGGCAAACUGGUUAUAUUGAGAGAGAAGAGCUGAAAGAGAUGGUUUUGGCACUGCUGCAUGAAUCGGACCUGGUCCUUUCAGAUGAUGUAGUUGAAAUGAUUGUAGAUAAGACAUUCAGUGAAGCAGAUAAAUUGGGUGAUGGAAAGAUAGAUCCAGAAGAAUGGAAGGAGUUUGUUUCAAAGAAUCCUUCUCUUCUAAAGAAUAUGACCCUUCCAUAUCUGAAGGACAUAACUUUAGCAUUUCCUAGUUUUGUGAUGAGCUCUGAGGUUGAAGAUUUGGAAGUCUAAGGCUCAUAUUAAGCACAGAUAGCGCGCAUAGUGGAAGGUCGUAUCAGGUAAUCUCCUCCACGCUGUGAUGCAUGCAAAGGGUUCAAGAAUCAAAAAAGUCAUAAGGUGCUGCUGCAUCGAAUUAUUUGGAGGUUCGCCACAUAAGACUGAACUUAAGAGGCAGAAGAAAAUCAGUUUUCUGCCAUCUUCAAUUGCUUUGCAAGAUAUAGUACUUCAAAAUUUCUAGCUGUUCAGCUGGAUUUAGAAAGCAAUUGUUACUACUGUUCAUGUUAUAGUUCUCCAAAACCGUUGUUCUUUUUCAUUUUGCCCUCAUGUAGGCUAAAGUUUUGACAGGGGUUGUUCAUAUUUUUUCUCACUUCUCUCGAACUUAAAAACUCUAUCAUUUGUAAUAAUCUUUGGAAAAACAACAUUUUGGUGAUGAAGAUGCAUUUUUGGGUCAAAGAAUCAAUAAAGAUGUGAAAACUGUGACAUAUCAAAUAAUGUUGAUUUACUGAACCUUUGCCUCAGUGGUUAAGUGAGAUUGUUGUUGCUCUUUUCA